AUGGUGGAUAGCAUGCGUUGGCGUUAUGGAGACACGCACCCGGUGGUGAUGGCCGUCGAUUCGGCGACCGUGAUUGAGAUUGGCGACCUGGUGUAUCUGAACACCGACGACGCCUUGCCUGCUUCAACAGUCGAUGACAUCGGCGGCGCGGGGCCGGCGAACCUGGCCACCGCCCAAGAAGCCCUGCACGACGCGUUCCUCGGCGUGGCGAUGCAACGCUCUCGGGCCGGCGACACCACCCCGAUUCGGAUUGCCACCCGCGGUGUGUUCGAACUCGACGCCGCCAGUGCGACUUUCGAAGUGGGCGACUUGGUGGGGGCCGACGACAACGCCGGUGGAACGGCCCUGGAAAACCAGCAGGUGAUCGCGGUGGCCAGCGAGAACCUGGCCAUCGGGCGGGUCUCACGUCGCGUGCCUGCGGCCGACACGCGGGUGUUCGUCGAGAUCGUCGGCACCAUCAACCACGGCCCAGAACAACGCAAGGCCUCCCGUCGCCUGCGGCGACCCAGGUUCAACAUCAAAUACCGUGAACUGAAGCGACGUUUCGAAUUGGACGGACCGCAGCGGACCGUGCGGCACUUGUCCGAAGCGCUGCGGGAGAAGCACCUGAAGGCGGAAGACUUCAGCCUUCGCGAUCUGGCCGAAACGCUGGUGCCCGACGGUAGCGAAUGGGUGCGUUCGCUCGAUCCCCGCAGUGCGUGUGGAGUGACAUUGCUUGAAGCAGGCGACGGCGUCGACGUCACGGCGUUCCUGAACAUCACCGGGCAGGUGAUCUACUCAAAGAUCAUGGACGCCUAUCAGAACGAGGCCUUCGUCGCCUCGCAGUUGGUGCAGACGGUGCCCACGCGGUUGGACGGCGAAAAGAUUCCCGGCAUCGGUCGCACGGUCGAUUCCGGCGAUGAAGUUCAUCCCGGCAUGCCGUACCCCAGUCUGGGCUUCGGUGAAGACUACAUCGAAACGCCGGCCACCACCAAGCACGGGUUCAUCGUGCCGGUCACCCGCGAGGCCAUCUUCUUCGAUCGCACGAACCUGGUACUGAGUCGCGCCGCCGAAGUGGGCGAAGUGCUCGGCUUGAACAAGGAGAAACGGCUGCUCGAUCUGAUUGUGGGUGCCACGAACAACUACAAGUGGCGAGGUACUUCGUACGACACCUAUCAAGCUUCGGCCCCGUGGAUCAACACGCUGUCGAGCAACGAACUCGUCGACUGGACCGACGUCGACGCGGCCGAGCAACUCUUCGCCGACAUCCUCGACCCCAACACGGGCGAACCGGUGCUGGUGCAGGCCAACACGGUGCUGGUCAUGCCGGCCUAUCGCCACGCGGCCCAUCGUGUGUUUAACGCGGCGGAGAUUACCUAUCAGGCUUCGUCUUCGGAAACGAUGACCACGGCGGCCAACCCGUUGGGGAAUUAUCGCGUGUUCGAAAGCCGCCUGGCCUACCGGCGGGUUGUGGCCGCAGGCACGGCGGCCGAAGAGGCGAAGAAGUGGUGGUUCAUUGGCGACUUCCACAAGGCGUUCGCCUACAUGGAGAACUGGCCGAUCACCGUCACGCAAUCGCCGAUGGGCAGCGAGGCCGACUUCAACAACGACAUCGUCGUGCGGUUCAAAGCCAGCGAACGCGGAGCUGCCGCCGUGAUCGAUCCACGGUUUGUGGUCAAGUCGACCGGUUAG